CAGUCUAUCUAAAACCCAUAGUACGACACCGUAAAUGACCACCGGAACCCAUCUCCUCCGCUUACUCGUCUCCUGCCGGAAAAUCACUGCACAGGUGACAACCACCAGCACCGACACCAUCGUAGCUAUGGCUUCAUCAGCUGAGCAAGAGUUCGCAGUGCAGUGUAGAGCCAAGCUCAACCGAGUGCCUAGGUGCCGCAAUCUCUGGGACACGAAGAUGGCCUCUAGAGUCGGAGAUAAGCUCGGAGAUCGGCUCAGUGAAGUUGGAGUCCACAACGUGGAAAUCGACGUUGAGGAGGAGCUCAAUAGGCCGGUGCACUACCGGCAAAUGGUGGCGCCGCUUUUUGAGUCCGUCAAGCGCAAGGGCAUUGCCGUCGUUGGAGCUGACAAAUUGGUUUUCUAG